UCCUGUUUGCAGGGCGGCGGUGCGGGGUGCGAAGCUGCGGGAGUCGAUGCUGACCGUCGAACUCGCCGCCGCUGGAACCAUGUCCCAGCCCGAGGCGGAGCGGGCAGGCGGCGGCUCCGCGGUGGAGCCGGGGCUCCCCGGUAGAGCACCGCACCGUAACCGCGGCCGGAGGCCCUCGGGACGAGACUCCCGCCGCGCUUCCUCCCGCUUCAACCGGCGGAGUUCGGUGGAACUGGAGCUGCUGGGCUACCCGGGGCCGAGCGUGGGGUCACUGCCGCCGCCGGGCACCGCGGCUCACCGUGAGCCGGAGGAGACGGAGAGCGAGGAGGUGGAGACGCGCGCCGUGGCCACUUCUCCCGACGGCCGAUUCCUCAAGUUCGACAUCGAGAUUGGCCGGGGCUCCUUCAAAACCGUCUACAAGGGGCUGGACACGGAGACAACAGUGGAGGUGGCGUGGUGCGAGCUGCAGACACGGAAGCUGUCCAAGACAGAGCGGCAGCGCUUCAGUGAGGAGGUGGAGAUGCUGAAGGGGCUGCAGCAUCCCAACAUUGUUCGCUUCUACGACUCCUGGAAGUCAUCUGUCAAAGGGCAGAUCUGCAUUGUGCUGGUCACUGAGCUAAUGACAUCUGGCACCCUUAAGACCUAUCUGAAGCGGUUCAAGGAGAUGAAGCUGAAAGUACUGCAGCGCUGGAGCCGUCAGAUUCUCAAAGGGCUGCACUUCCUGCACACUCGCUCACCCCCCAUCAUCCACCGUGACCUCAAGUGCGACAACAUCUUCAUCACCGGCCCCACCGGCUCCGUCAAGAUCGGGGACCUGGGGCUGGCCACGCUCAAGCGUGCCUCCUUUGCCAAGAGCGUGAUAGGAACCCCUGAAUUCAUGGCUCCAGAGAUGUAUGAGGAGAAGUACGAUGAAGCGGUGGAUGUGUACGCCUUCGGGAUGUGCAUGCUGGAGAUGGCCACCUCGGAGUACCCCUACUCGGAGUGCCAGAACGCUGCCCAGAUCUACCGCAAGGUCACCUCAGUGAGUGCCUCAGGGCUGGAGGAAGGGGCAGUGUGGUGGGAGCUGCUGGACCUUGCUGCUCCUGAGGGCCUGAAGCCCAGCAGCUUCUACAAGGUGAAGGUGCCUGAGUUGAAGGAGAUCAUCGAGGGCUGCAUUCGCAUGGAUAAGGACGAAAGAUACACCAUCCAGGACCUGCUGGAGCACUCCUUCUUCCAGGAGGACACAGGGGUGCAUGUGGAGCUGGCUGAGGAGGAUGAUGGCAUUAAGUCAGGGCUCAAGCUGUGGCUGCGGAUGGAUGACACAAAGAAGCUGCAUGGCAAGUACAAGGACAACAAUGCCAUCGAGUUUCUCUUCGAGCUCUACAAGGAUGUGGCAGAGGAGGUGGCUCAGGAAAUGGUCGUCCUGGGCUUUGUCUGUGAGGCUGACUACAAGCUGGUGGCGAAGGCGGUGCGGGACCGCGUGGUCGCCAUCAAGCGCAAGCGGGAGAAACUGAAGCGUGCGCAGGAUGUGGUGCCACAGGCUGAGCUGGGGCAGGCGCCGGGCGUCCUGCAGCUGUUGGAGGACCUCAAGUCCCCACUGGCACCAGGCAUCCCUGCACCUGCCCCAGCCACCACCGGCUCCAGGGACUCUGUUUUCAGCAGCACCUUCCCACCAGAGCCUGAGGAACCUGAGGCUGACCAGCACUUCGUGUACCGGCACACGAGCUACUCCUCGGCCACCUCUGACUGCGAAACAGAUGGCUACUUGAGCUCCUCUGGCUUUCUGGACUCCCCAGACGUGUCUCAUCGCAGUGCUUCAAUGGGGACUCCCACUAGCCCCCCACCCACCCGCUCCACACGUUGCUUCCCCACGAGCAUUGCAGUGCAGCUACCCUCUGAGCGCCUGCCCACAGCCAGCGGCUUCUCUUCUCCAGUGGACAGCUAUGCCUCGGAUGUGGCAUCGGGCAUGAGCGACGGCUGUGAGGGGCUCUCUGCUGGUGAGCAGAGCAGCAAGCUGCCAGCCAAGCGGGCAGUGGGGAGGCUGCAGCGACGCAGAGCCCGGUCCCGGCUGCGCAUCACCAAUAUCUCCGACAAGAACGAUCGGGUGGUGGAGUGCCAGCUGCAGACCUACAACAACAAGAUGGUGACAUUCAAGUUCGACCUGGAUGGGGACAACCCAGAGGAAAUCGCAGCUGUCAUGGUCCACAAUGAGUUCAUUCUCAAGUCGGAGCAGGACAGCUUCAUCCACCGCAUUCAGGACAUCAUCCACCGUGUGGAGACUCUGCUGCGCAAGGAUGGGCAAAGCGCAUCCGAGCUGCCCGAGAGCCCCGAGGCUGAGUGUGUCACCGGCCAUCCUCAGGCAGAGCUGCAGCUGCAGGAGCUCUCACACUCCAUCUCCUCCUCCUCACUCAGUGACCUGGGCUGCACCAGCCCCAGCACCUCGCUCCAGUCACCCACCCUGCCAGCGCCGAGCAGCUCCCCAUUGGAGAAUGACCUCUCCAGCCCUGCAGAGCCACUGCCGGGCUCCCCUGCAGGCUCGGCGCAGCCCUGGCCUCUCAUCUCAUCAUCUCCAUCCUGGAUGACAGCAUCACCGGUGCUCCUACAGACACCCCCAGGCUCUUCAGGAAUGUCUGUUCCCCCUGCUCUGCCAGUCCCCUCAUCCCCCAUCCCCAGUGGACCCAGGAGUCCCAUGAGCCCCCCCGUGACCAGCACACCCUGGUCCCCAACCACCCCCCUCCUGUCCUUGGCCAAUGUCUUUUCCCUGGCAGUGAUGAGCGUGGCCCACACGCUACUGCCUGCUGUCUCCUCCAUUGCCAGCUCAGGUGGGCACCUCUACCCCCCGCUGCUGCCUCGGCCACAGAAUCUCGUCCUUGGGCCCCCACGCUUCGUUUACCCUGACCCUGCCAGUAUGGCAAAAUCCUCCCUGUCUUGCAGCGGGCCUCUGGGGGCUGACGUCCCUGCUAUGGAGGGGCCCGUGCCAUUCUCUCCUCCGACAGCAGUUCCUCUGUGCCCCACCGGAGGUCCCUUGACGAUGCCAAGCACAGUCAUGCCAGGGAGCCCGGAGGGCAGCACAGUGCCGUUUGUCCCCCUCAAGCCCGAUCACCCACUCAUCGUCUCAGAGUCGCCAGCAUCCAGUGUGCCCAAGGCCCGGCUGUCACCCAUCAAUGAAGAAGCCAAGCCCCAGAUCCUGGGCCGCUUCCAGGUGACACCAUCCAAGGAGCCAGCUGUCACAUCCCCAGUGCUGGGCAGCAAUGAGAGCAAGCAGCACGGCACGGAGUUGGCGGUGAGCAGCUCUCUGCUGCCCACCACCUCUGGCACAGGGAGCAGCACGAGCAGCAACUCUGACUCAGAGCUGGAGAUGGCAGUGCAGAACCCUGAGGAGGAGGCAGUAGCUGAGGAGGGGACAGCAGUGCCGGCAGAGAGUGACCGGGAGGGCCCUGGGGAGGAGAGUGCUCCGCAGACGGUGCUGAGCCAGGUAUGGCUGAGCCAGUCCCGCAGCUUGUCCUAUGUGAGCAGCGAUGACAGUGAGAGCGAGGACGAGGAGAUCUGGGAGGAGCUGCAGACCCUGCGCCAAAAGACGAUGCCCUUUUGCAGGUCACCAUAUGUACACGAGGCUCAGCUCCCAUUCUCUUUCCCAAGGCACUUGGCUGAAGUACAGCUGCUGCAAAGCACCCAGAAGAAGGAGAUUGAGGAACUGUACCUGCGGAUGGGGAAGCAGCCCCCGCUGGGCAUCGUCUCCCCUGCUGCCAUGCUCUCCAGCCGCCAGCGCCGCCUCUCCAAGGGCAGUUUCAACCCCUCCCGCCGGAACAGCUUGCAGCGCCUGGAGUUGGCGCAGCCCCCAGGAAUCAUGCGCCGGAAUUCACUGAGUGGCAGCAGCACUGGCUCCCAGGAGCAGCGGCUGAGCAAGGGCGUGACAUUUGCAGAUGAUUUCAGCUGGAUGUAGCCAGCUGGCCAGGAGUUACUUCAUGAGCUACCUCAACAGUGUGCCUGCUGCCCCCGCAGGGGGUGAGAGAGCCUCUGCACCAUCUAGGAUGGUGGGCGCUCACCUCGGGAAGCCUGGCCCUUUGCCUUUCUGCACCCUAUCAAGACUUCACUGUUGGCACCUGCUGCUUCUGCACCAGACAGAGGGCUGUCCCCACACUUGUCCGAUAUGCUCUUUUCUGUGUGCCCCAGCCCUGUCUCAUCCCAGUGGCACACAGCCAUUUGCUUGAGCUUGGCCCCAGAAGCAGGAGGGAUGAGUGCUGACACCGCUCAUAGCAUCACUGUGCUGCACUUUGCUCCUGGCUCCAAGAGCAGAACUGAACACCCCUUGCAUCCACUUCACCCCUGCCACCGCACUGUCCUCCAACCAUCCUUCAGUCCACGUGCACAACCCAGGGCCACCUCACAGCUUCACCUCCGGCUCCCCAGCUGCUGUCCAUGGCUCAAAGUGCCACUUUCCUCUUGCAAGCUGCCAGGACCAAAGCUGGCUCCAGAGCAAGAUGAUGCCACCCUCAGCCCCCUAAAAAAUGACAGCCCAGUGCAUUUUGUUACAAACUGAAGUCUAGAAAGUGUUUUCAUAAAUACAGAUUAAAUACCAA